UUCAACUUUACAACAAAUCACACUGACUAGACCAGAUCCCAUAGCACAAGAUCUGAUUCUACUGUCUCAUAUCAUCAUCAUUCUUACUCAUUAACAUCAUCAUCACUAUCGUUACAAGAAGAAUCAUUGUACAAAAUAACUAACGUACGUAAAGACGACUAGCUAGAGGCUUCAAUGAACGGUCCUCCGGAGAAUAUCAGACGAAGGCCACCUAGUAAGAAGAAGCUGAGAGUUAGUUGUGAAGAAAAAAUGGAGAAGGUAGUACACAAAGAAGUUGAGAAACAAAGAAGACUCGAAAUGGCUUCUCUCUACGCUUCUCUCCGCUCUCUUCUCCCUCUUGAGUUCAUCCAGGGUAAGCGUUCGACCUCAGAUCAACUGAACGGGGGAGUCAAUUACAUAGAGUAUUUGGAGAGGAAUAUCAAGGACAUGAGCUCCAAGAGAGAUGGCCUCGUGCUAUUGUCUCGACGAAGCUUUGGGAGUAGCAAUGAACAAGGCUGCGAUGAUGAUUCGAAUCAUGUCGUGAUUCGUCCGUGUUUGGUCGGCGUGGAAAUCGUGUUUAGCCAUCUCCAAACGCCGAUCUCAAGCGUUCUGCAAGUGCUUCGUGAACGAGGCCUCUGUGUUAUUGGCUGCAUCUCCUCCAGUGUAAACGAUAGACUCAUUCACACUUUACAGGCUGAGGUCAAAGAUCUGGCUUUGAUCGACUUAGCAGACCUUAAGGUUACACUUACCCUAAUAAAGUAAUUAAAAGGUUUUUCAGUAGAUUUCAUCUUAGCUUCUCAAAUAAAUAAAUAAACGAUGUAUAUAUAAAUAGAUGGUUUCUUUAGUACUUAAUUGUUCUGUGUAUUUCUAUAUAUAUAUUUGUGUGUUUGCAGAUUUUGCAGAGAUGAUGUAUUUCUCAACUUUAAAGAAACUGAGAGUAAGAAACUAUUCACCUAGCUAUAGUAUAAGUCUAUAUAUAGGAUAACAUUCUUAUUUUACAGGAAAGGUACGCCGACGAGUAAGAGAAU